AUGUCUACACUCGCAGGUCAGAGCUCGGUGGAUGCGCUUGGGGAAACCACAGAUGAGAACGGGGACAUCGCGUGUCUAAUCUGUACUAUUAGCGAGCGUGACGACUUCAACACGUUGUUUGAGCUCGAGUCCACGACUAUACAGAGACAUGACGCGGAUGUGCUGCGCAAUAGCUACGUGCGGCUGAAGCACUUUGUGAGCAUGACCUGGGUCAAGUGUACUAGUAUCGCGGUGGACUCGGACAAGGACAAGCCAAAUAUG